ACUGUACAGUGAGACAGAGCGAGCCCGCCGUAUCGAAUCAAUCGUUUAUUGAAUUCAAUUCCAUUCCAUAUCCAACUUUCUGUUUCUAUCUCUUUCCCUCUCUCUCUCUCGUUGCACCUUCCAUUUCUAUAAAAACCAGCAAUGUCACCCGCAGCCCUUUAUUGUGAUUAUUAUUAUCAUUCACACACAUCUUCACAGCGAAGCCACCCAUUUACUCAACGCUCUGUUUUGUUCGGCUUUUACUCUAGGCCAUGGACUCCAAUUUCAACUCCAAGCCACUUCUUAGGCUCACCUGUUCGGUUCAGAACUACGAUUGGGGCCGACCUGGCCGUGACUCGCUCGUUGCCAGGCUGUAUGGGUUGAAUUCUGGCGGAGAAGUUGAGUUGGACAGGUGUUAUGCCGAGUUCUGGAUGGGAACUCACAAGUCGGGUCCCUCCUUUGUGGUCAAAAGUGGGUUGGAGAACGGGAAUGAGAAUGGGGAUGAGAGUGGUAGUUUAAAAUCUUGGAUUUUAAAGAAUCCUAAUGUGCUUGGUGAUAAGGUUUUGCUCAACUGGGGUUGUCAUCUACCAUUCUUAUUCAAGGUGCUUUCAGUUGCAAAACCAUUAUCAAUACAGGCUCAUCCAGAUAAGGAAUUGGCACAGGCAUUGCACAAGUUGAUGCCACAUGUUUACAAGGAUGACAAUCACAAGCCUGAAAUGGCUUUGGCAAUAACAGAGUUUGAGGCCCUUUGUAGUUUCAUUAGUCUUCAGGGGAUCAAGAGUGUGGUGCAAAAUGUUCCAGAGAUUGUGGAAUUGGUUGACAGGGGAGCUGCAAGCCAAGUUUUACAUAUCAAUGAGCAGGAUGGGGAGGAGAAUUUUAAAUAUGUUAUGCAUUCAGUUUUCACCCAGCUCAUGACAGCUACCAAAGAAAGGACAGCAAAAGCAAUAUCUAAUCUUAAAAUUCGCCUGCAUGAGGAAAGUAAGGUGAGAUCCUUGACUGAGAAGGAGCAGCUGGUAUUGCGGUUGGAGAAGCAAUAUCCAGGUGAUAUUGGUGUCCUAUCAGCCUUCUUUUUUAACUAUGUAAAGCUUAAGCCUGGGGAAGCACUUUAUCUUGGGGCAAAUGAACCCCAUGCAUAUAUUUCCGGUGAAUGUGUUGAGUGCAUGGCGUCUUCAGAUAAUGUUAUCCGGGCUGGUCUUACUCCUAAGGACCGAGACAUUCAAGUUCUUUGUUCCAUGCUCACAUACAAACUGGGCUCCCCUGAAAUCCUGAAAGGAUUUCCUUUGAGUCCCUACAUAACAAGAUACCUCCCACCUUUUGAUGAAUUCGAGGUCGACUGCUGCAUUCUUCCCCGGGGUGCUUCAGCAAUAUUUCCAGCAGUCUCAGGUCCUUCAAUUUUUUUGGUGACAAUUGGUAAGGGAACAAUGCAUACGACAUCACAAAUUGAUGCAGUGACAGAAGGAAAUGUAUUGUUUGCUCCUGCAAACACACAGAUAAGUAUAACAGCUUCAUCAGAAUUGCAGCUGUAUAGGGCUGGGGUGAACAGCAGGUUCCUCCAAACCGUAUGAGUAUAGAAUGGUAGCUUAUUCAAAAGUAAUAUUAGUCAGUGAGAUAAAGUCUUAGGAUUAAGAUUUGUACCUCAUUACAAAGUAAUGCAAGCUGGUUGUCCAA